UGCGAACAUAUCUAUUAUAUUUACACGCCUCUGCAAACCCAAAGACGUCAAGCCUUCAUUUCCAACUCACCAAGGAAAAGAAGGAAUUAAGAGCGGGUGAGAGAGAAAGGACGAGCGACGUCGGAGAAAGAAGCUCGCCGGCAGAAGACACGAGCAAAAACCACACCGGAGUGCUGCCGCUAACGCCAAGGGAAGUUACCGCCGAUACAUUUGUCGAACGACUCCGUCACCAGACAUCCGUUGUCGUCCCACGCAUCAGUCUUCUGGAGAGAAUAUGCCGCCUAGAAGGGAAGUCCCCGCAGCGCCAACUAAUGCUGAAUUGGCGUUGACCAUUCAACAACUUGCUCAAACGAUAGGCACCGCAUUUUUCCAGAGCCAGCAAAACAGCAAUGACGCUUCAAAGAGGGUAGCAGCACGGAAUCCCCCGAGCUUCCAGGGUCAAGAGGAUCCACUCAUUCUUGAAUAUUGGAUACGCACAUUUGAUAAGUUGUUCGAGGCAGUUAACUGUCCGGCGGAACAACGCGUCGACAUCGCUGCAUACUACUUCCAUCAGGAGGCCGAUAACUGGUGGGCCACCGAUGGACCAGCAUUACGUCAGCAGCCGAAUUUUACUUGGGAGGCAUUGAAGGAGGCUAUGAGGGAAAGAUUUUAUCCCGAACAUGUCAAAGCGGAGAAAUAUGAGGAGUUUUUGUAUCUCAAACAAGGAGCUAUGUCGGUCCAAGACUAUUACGCCAAGUUUGUGGCAUUGGCUCGGUUCGCAAGUGCUCUAGUUCCGGACGAGAACAGCAAGGCCCGGAAAUUCAUCAAUGGCCUAAAUUACGACACUCAGAAGGCUGUAAGUGUGUUAGGGUGUCAGACAUUGAAAGAAGCUUAUAUGAAGGCCGCUACACACUACAGAGUGCAACAACUUCAACGACUUCAACGUGAUGCUCACAAGAGGAACAAAAGAAAUGGUGAUGAUGACCACCCACAAAGGGAGAAGAGAGCUAGGCCUAAACCCCCUGAACAACGAAUACCAAGGCAGGUAGAUCACCGCAACCAUGGAGGAAGAAAUUUCCAGGGUCAAGGCAUGAGGACCGAUCAGCGAAGCCAGGCGAGGGAACGUUACUACCACUGCAAAUUGUGCCAGAAAAACCACCGUGGAGUAGACUGUGCAGGCAAUCCGGUGAAAUGUUACAACUGUGGCCGGACGGGCCAUAGGGCAUUUGAAUGCCAUGAAGGGAAGGAGAAAAGAAAUCGGAACCAAAGUCAACUUAACGGGGGAGGUGAUCCCGGGGGAAAUAGGCCGGGAGGCGCAGAUAAUCCUAACCACAAUGCUCGCGGGAACGUGGGAAACCACAAAGGCAACAACAACGCCCCUAACCAAGGCAAGAUCUUUGUGAUGAAUCAAGCUCAAGCUAAUGCCUGUGACGUAGUUUCAGGAGGUGACCAUGUGGAUUAUGAUGCUGCAAUAUUUGAGAGCGCAAACUAGAAGACCGUUAUGUAGUUUAUUUGGAAUAAACUUCGAUACAUGUUUUGAACAUCUUGAUUUUGUUUAAACUCACAUUUUGGGUAGAUAGCCUUAGCAUUCAAUCAUUUAAGGUUGGAUGUGGCGGUGACAUACCCCUUUCCCUUAGUUUUACUAAUUU